AUGAAAAGAUACUUUGCGGAAAACAAGGAUGGUGUGUGCAAAGCUAGUCCACAAGCCCUUGAGAUUUUCAAAUCGCCUGGUGGCAGUGACAAAAUCGCAAAGCUGCUAGAACAAUCAGGGGGUGAUUGGUCUGUAGUUGAGAUGAAUGUCAAGAAGACGUACGAAAAGGAGGAAAUGACUUCGAUUUGGGGCAAGUAUGUCACAGAGAUCGACUUGAAAGCACGUGGGUGGAGUACCGAGAUGAUCUCCAACAGCAAAUCUUGGGCGAAAGCCAAUGGUGUCCACAGGACCUCUCCUAUUCACGGUGAGGACGAAUGGCGUUUACCACUGGACGAAGAGUUCAAAAACAAGGAGAAGAAAAACGAAAAGUAUGAGGCUUCUACAUCUUCCACGGUCCAGGAGAGGAAUUGGUUCCGGGGGGAUGGACUGGUUUGA